AUGCAGUCGUUGGUAGUGUGGUGGGCCGUGGUGUCUGCGGCCUGGGCGCUGGCCGGCGCGUGCUCGUCGUCCAUCUCCAAGCGGCCGGCGAGGCCCGCGCGGCCACAGCGCCCGCCGCCUCAGCCGCAGCCCCAACCCCAACCCCGCCUCAACGUCACUUUCCCCACCUACAAGUGCGAGCCCGCCUUCUCGGAGUACUACUGCCUGAACGGCGGUUCGUGCUUCACCGUCGUCAUCUCGGACAGCCCCCUCUACAACUGCGAGUGUCAGAGUGGCUUCGUGGGGCAGCGCUGCGAGUUUAAGGACCUGGACGACUCGUACGUGCUGACGAGCCGGCAGCUGAUGAUGGAGACGGCGUCGAUCGCCGGGGGCGCGACCGUGGCGGUGUUCCUCGCGAUUCUAGUCUGCUUCGGGGCGUGGGUGCGACUGCACCGGCGGGCAAAGGCGCCGCCCUUCGGCGAGGAGUACGGGUCUUCGCCCCCCGUGCAGCUGGUGGCCGUGGCAGCGCCGCGCGGCCGCGUGCACCUGUGCACACGCUAG